AUGCGCUUUCUCUGUCUACACGGUGGUAGCACCAACAGCGAGAUCUUCGAAAUCCAAACGGGAGGUCUACGCCAACAACUCGAAAAGAAUGGCCACCGCUUCAAAUUCAUGAAUGGCAAACAAGAUGCCCAAGUAGAAGAAGAACUCGAAGGCGUGGUGGACGGCCCCUUCUACAAUCACUAUUCACGAGGCGACAACCCCCCAGCCUCAUCAGUUCAAGAAGCAUACGACCACACACUCCAAUUUAUGUCAGAAGAGGGUCCCUUCGACGCUGUCAUGGGCUUCAGCCAAGGCGCAGCGCUAGCCGCAUCCAUGAUAAUCAACCACAGCAAGAAAAACCCAAGCAGCGAGCCUUUGUUCCGUUGUGCAGUGUUCAUUUGUGGUGUAUCGCCGUGGGAUAGUGCCGGCAUGGAACCCAUCUUGCCGAAGCCAGAUACGUAUUUGAUCCAGAUCCCCACGGCCAAUAUUGUUGGAAAGCUCGACUCGCUUUAUGGGGAUGGUGUUCGGUUGUUUGAAUUGUGUGAGCCGGCGAAUGCAGCUUUCUUUGAUCAUGGGUCUAAGCACAUGGUUCCGUUUGAUAUGCGGAAUACUGAGGAGAUGGUGAGAGUUAUUGAGGAAACUGUCAAGAAGGCCAUGCGGGGGUAG